GAUCGACGAGCAUAUACACACAACCAGCGAGAUGAGAUCGCUCGCCAUUGCGCUGCUGGCCAUCAUUGGUACGUGCUAUGCCGCAAGAUUCGACACUUCUUAUCUUCCGCCGAGUAGUGCCGGAAGUGCGGGUGGGGCGGAAUUAAUUCAUCCUCCAUCUCCAGGACAUGGUGGAGGUGAACCCGUUAAAUAUAGUGGCCCGGUCGGUCCAGGUCCUGGUGGUCCAAGUGGUCCCAGUGGUUUUGGCGGUCCUAGUGGCCACGGUGGAUCAGGCGGUUUUGGUCAGUUCGGAGGUGGUGGUAGUGCUUAUAGUGGCGACGGACUGGGUGGUGGGCAUGGCGGUCAAGAGAAGAUACCCAUCCUUUCUUAUAGUAACGAGAACGCUGGUGACGGAAACUAUCAAUACAGCUAUGAAGCCGGAAAUGGAAUUUCCGUGCAAGAAACGGGUCAUAAGCAAGGAGAAUCCGAAUCGGUGAGCGGAUCCUUUUCUUAUACCGGGACCGACGGUAUGCAAUACUCGAUCACGUAUACGGCGGACGAGUAUGGCUUUCAUCCUCAAGGCGCUCACUUACCAACACCGCCUCCGAUUCCGCCGGAAAUUCAACGAGGUGUUGAAUUGGCACUUGCUGCCGAAGCUAGGGGAGAGAAUCAGGAUGGUGGCGGUGGAGGAUAUUCACACGGUGGAGGCAGUGGAUAUCCUAGCGGAGGAGGUGGCUAUAGUGGCCAUGGAGGAAGCGCGUAUCAAGGACCGAGUUCAUACCAAACAAGUUCAAGCGGUGGCUAUCAAUAUUAGGCAGCAGAUUGGCGAGGAUCAUCUAUGUGCAUACCACACGCAGGCAUGCAUACCAUUUUCCGUUUAUCCGUCUUGUGUAUAUAACGAUACAUCAUUCAUGCAAUUUUUCUUAUUUAUAUAAAGUGACUUUUAUUUAUAAA